GUGGCAAUCACCCGCUGAUUUUUCUCGACCAAUCACAAAGACAUUGGCACCCUUUAUCUCGUAUUUGGUGCCUGAGCCGGCAUAGUCGGAACAGCCCUAAGCCUGCUCAUUCGAGCAGAGCUCAGUCAACCUGGUGCACUUCUUGGUGAUGAUCAAAUUUAUAAUGUGAUCGUUACAGCGCACGCUUUCGUAAUAAUUUUCUUUAUAGUAAUACCACUAAUAAUUGGAGGCUUUGGAAACUGACUCAUUCCUCUAAUGAUCGGUGCCCCAGAUAUAGCUUUCCCUCGAAUAAAUAACAUAAGCUUCUGACUUCUUCCCCCAUCUUUCCUGCUCCUUUUAGCAUCCUCUGGUGUAGAAGCUGGGGCUGGAACAGGCUGAACUGUCUAUCCACCUUUAGCCGGAAACCUCGCUCAUGCUGGGGCAUCUGUUGAUCUCACUAUUUUCUCUCUUCAUCUAGCAGGGAUUUCAUCAAUUCUUGGGGCAAUUAAUUUUAUUACCACAAUUAUUAAUAUGAAACCUCCAGCAAUUUCACAGUACCAAACACCCCUAUUUGUUUGAGCAGUACUAAUUACAGCCGUGCUUCUACUUCUAUCUCUCCCCGUCUUAGCAGCUGGUAUCACAAUACUUCUAACUGACCGUAAUCUUAAUACUUCUUUCUUCGAUCCUGCUGGAGGGGGUGACCCCAUUUUAUAUCAACACUUAUUCUGAUUCUUCGGCCACCCCGAAGUUUAUAUUCUUAUUUUACCCGGAUUCGGAAUAAUUUCCCAUAUCGUAGCAUACUAUUCAGGUAAAAAAGAACCCUUCGGGUACAUGGGUAUAGUCUGAGCUAUGAUGGCUAUUGGCCUCCUCGGCUUUAUUGUAUGAGCCCAUCACAUGUUUACAGUUGGGAUGGACGUAGACACACGUGCUUACUUUACAUCUGCAACUAUAAUUAUUGCCAUUCCAACAGGUGUAAAAGUCUUUAGCUGAUUAGCAACUCUGCAUGGAGGCUCAAUUAAAUGAGAAACCCCCCUACUCUGAGCCCUAGGUUUCAUUUUCCUCUUUACAGUUGGGGGCUUAACAGGAAUUGUACUAGCCAAUUCUUCCCUAGAUAUUGUGCUCCAUGACACAUAUUACGUAGUAGCCCAUUUUCACUACGUUUUAUCUAUAGGAGCUGUCUUUGCUAUUAUAGCAGCCUUUGUGCAUUGAUUCCCUUUAUUCACAGGCUAUACACUUCAUGAUACUUGAACAAAAAUUCAUUUCGGAGUAAUAUUUGUGGGUGUAAAUCUUACAUUCUUCCCCCAGCAUUUCCUAGGUCUUGCAGGAAUACCACGACGGUACUCAGACUACCCUGAUGCCUAUACACUAUGAAAUACAGUCUCUUCUAUCGGCUCUCUAAUUUCCCUUAUGGCCGUAAUCAUAUUCCUAUUUAUUCUGUGAGAAGCUUUCGCUGCCAAACGGGAAGUAAUAGCAGUUGAAAUAACUAUAACUAACGUUGAGUGACUCCACGGGUGUCCCCCUCCCUACCACACAUUUGAGGAACCCGCAUUCGUCCAAAUUCAAACCCGCUAG